CUCAGAGAGAGGGGACUGAGUCUGCUCCACUCACCGCUACCCUACCUGGCCCAGGUGGUUGGUAGUUAUAUGGAAUGGGGGAACUGGGUCGGGAAGUCUUUGCCCUUCUCAUAAUGCUGACUCUGAAGUAGCUUCGGCUCUUAGCAGGAACACAGGGCAGCUUCACACUCGCCUCUCAGUCACCUUUUCCUAAGUGGCUGUAUGCCCGCACAGUCCUUAUGCAGACAGGAGCUGGCUGCCACCGCCUACAAGACAAUACUGCUGUAGCAAGGAACACAUUUCGCCUGAGCACGUAUACCGGCUCCAAGCAGUCACCACGAAGUCCAAGCCUUGGCCCCACUUUGGGCAGCACCAAUCAGGAGAUGCCUGCGCUUGCUUUUCACCUCUGCGUUCUGACGUCAGAGGCCCUAGGGAUUUAGGAAAGAGGAAAGGGACUGGGAGUGAAGGGGUGUACGUAGGAGGGUCUUGGGGGCAGGUCCACACAGAGGAUCGUGGAGGGUCAGUUGGGGGGGAGUUGAGGAAUUCUCCCACGGACCCCUCCGUACCGUUCUUCAAGGUUCCAGCUCCAACUUAAGCCACGGUAGUCAAAUCUAGCAUAGCGCGCUGCGAACUGUGUAGCCGGUUCCAGGCGCCCCCGCGGCGCUGGAUGGGACAGUCCUCACCCCCGAGUCUGCCUUGGUAGUGUCCUAGGAAGGCGAGGCUUAGAUCUGUUGUCUUCAGCAGUGCGCGUGCGCAGUGGAGAGUGUUUGCUCAGCGCGCGACACUGUCGUGGGUGAUUUCUCUGGCGCUAGGGGCGGGAUAGCCCGAAAGCUGGACGCCAGCUGAGGCGGGGACACAGAUGGGCGUGGGGUCCUAGUCUCCAGUGCCACCCACCCGCCGGUAUCUUGUCUGGCUCCUGUCACGAGGUGUGUCUACGGCUCAGGAGCUCCUGGGACAGAGAGUCUGAGCAGUUGAUGGGCCAAGAGGCGGCGCCCCCCUUCUGCUCACCUGAAUGCAGACUGAGGAUGGGUACCCGAAGAUCCUAGAGACUGCUUUGCUGAAAGUGAGAAGUGGAGUCCAGCCCCGCUGCCCUGUGUUGGCUCCGGGGACACUCCUGGCAUCCAGAUUAAGAUCAUGACUCCUGUGAGCAACCAUGGCAUGGCAGAGAGCAUUUUCGACCUGGACUAUGCUUCCUGGAAGAUUCGGUCGACUCUAGCAGUCGCUGGCUUUGUCUUCUACCUGGGCGUCUUUGUGGUCUGCCACCAACUUUCAUCCUCCCUGAAUGCCACCUACCGCUCUCUGGCAGCCAAAGAGAAGGUGUUCUGGAACCUGGCAGCUACUCGUGCUGUCUUUGGCAUCCAGAGCACAGCCGCAGGCCUGUGGGCCCUGCUGGGGGACCCCGUGCUCUACGCCAACAAAGGUCUCGGGCAGCAGAACUGGUGCUGGUUUCACAUCACCACGGCCACCGGAUUCUUCUUCUUUGAGAACGUGGCUGUUCACCUGUCCAACCUGUUCUUCCACACAUUUGACUUGUUUCUGGUUGUCCACCACCUCUUUGCCUUCCUUGGGUUCCUUGGUUCAGCGAUCAACCUCAGAGCCGGCCACUAUCUAGCCAUGACCACUUUGCUCCUCGAGAUGAGCACGCCCUUCACCUGCGUUUCCUGGAUGCUCCUGAAGGCUGGCUGGUCGGACUCCCUGCUCUGGAAGGUCAACCAGUGGCUGAUGGUUCACAUGUUCCACUGCCGAAUGAUGCUCACCUACCACAUGUGGUGGGUGUGCUUCUGCCACUGGGACGCCCUCACCAGCAGCCUGUACCUGCCCCACUUGGCACUGUUCCUUUUCGGGCUGGCCCUGCUCACAGUCAUCAUCAACCCUUACUGGACACACAAGAAGACCCAGCAGCUUCUCAAUCCCGUGGAUUGGAACUUUGCACAGGCGGAAGCCAAGGGCAGCAGGCAAGAAAAGACCAAUGGCCAGGUGCCUCGGAAAAAGAGACUGUAGCGCUUGCCCAGGGACUGGCGAGUGUCCAGGGUUGUCCAAAGCUUUUUAUGUAUGGAUGAGGACACGAGUGAGUUUCUAUCUAGGUGAAUACUGACUUGUUCUUUAGUAUGAAUUCUAAAGUACCCAUGAAGUAUUGCUGGGGCCUUGACGUGCCUGCAGGAGGUCUUUGCCAUCAUGACCGUCCUCUGAGUCUUCCGGCGCGGCCCCAACCACAGCAUAGCUGCCAAGGCAGUGUUAGGGAAGAAGCUAUGGCGGCCGAGUGUGCAGGCUGUCGAAGAGGCCAGUCUGGAUCCCUGAGAGGGCUCAUCAGGAAGAAACCGGUGUAGGUGUGGACGUGCCUUAUUUGGAAGUCAUGUUCUUUUGCAUUGCAACGAACUGACCCUAAGAAAAUGUGAUUUGUUGAUAUUUAUUCACCAGCCUGGGGAAUUUUAAGCCCGUGGCAGUGCACUGCCCUCUAGUGGCCAGAGGCGGAAGGACACAGUUAUGGUAAGGGUUCUCAUUGGUGGCUUACUAGAGUCUGUCCACCCAUCCUGGCAUGGUGGCAGUAUGAAAUCUUGUACUUCAAAAACAACAACAACAAAACCCCAAACAACCUAAUAACCUCUUUUUUAAAUGAGAAUUUUUAGUAACGUAUUUCUUAAUUGGCAGAAUAAGGUGUCUGGAUCUUUGAGCUAUUUCUGAUUGACCAAAGUGGCUAACCUAGCCCCCGAUUCUGCUCCGUCUUUCCCCUCUAGGCUGUGAGGGGAUCCUGUCUUCAGAGGCUCAUCCUGUGUUGCUAGGGCCCAGAGCAGACAGCUUGCCUGACGUGCCCGUGAGCAACGCUGCACUGUUUCCGGGUUAGACCUCCAGACACUGGCUAGCAAUGAAUGCUAUUGGCAGACACAAAAACUUUCCCAGAGAACUAUUAAAGUAAAGGUUGUUUUGUUUUGAUUGUCAAAACUACCUGAGAAAUGGUGGUUACUCUUGAAAAUCAUGUGUGACUUAACGCUUGCCAUGGAUUGUUGGCCUCAGCAUACUUUGAGUGUUAGCUCCUUAACUUUAUCCGAAUGUACGGUGUCUAUUUAUUUCAGUCUAAGAACGCCCUUACCUUGUGUUCCUAAGACCGUGAACUGGAAACCCUGUAACUCCUAUGUGUGCUUUAUUGAGGCAUCAGCCUGGCGUUUUUUAACUGGGCAGAAGUUUAAUAAAGUGACAGCUCUUUCCAAAA